UAAGGGUGAAAUGAUGCCACCUCUUCCCCAAGUGCAGGGAAUGAAGAGAUGAGCCUUUGGCCCCUGAUAUGUCAACAAUUAUCUCUCCUAGAAGACCAACUGAGCUCUCUUACCAGUAGACUUUCUGGAAGAACAUCCAAACAUGUCCUGAUAGAAACAAAGCCAGAUCUUGUCUCAGAAAAAAAAAAAAAAAAUAGGGGCAAAAAUAUUCUACACAGAUCACAAAAGUUUUCUUAGGAAACCAUGCUCCCCCUGGGCAGCUCCCCAGGAAGGUAACCCUUGGCGUUGAUCUUGCGAUUGGAAGGGUGUUCAUUUUUUAAUUAUGCUGACAGACAUUCAGUGAGAACUGUACUUCCCGAGGGCUAGUGAGCAGGGGGAGGUUUUCCCUGUUGUGCUCAGGCAGGACGUUCCAGGGAUCUGGGGAGGCCCUGACAUAACUGCACGUUCACACGGCUGCCCCUCCCUCCUCCUCCCUCUGUCUUCUCCAAAACAAAUGACCUCGCUGGGAUCCUGUUUGCGUUUUACUGACUUCCUGGACCAAAGCAGUGUGCCUGUGAGUGCAACAGCUGAUCCCUUUCGGAGUGGAGUUUCCUAGCUGGUGCCUGUCCUCUCUUGAGCAUUUGUUUCCUGAGUGAGCACUCACUGGGGCUGUGGCUCCACGAACUGGAUUUCAGGAAACCAGCCAAGGCAUUCUCUCUCUCUCUCCAUUCCUAGAAAGGCAGAAAGCCUGGGAAUGGGUUCGGCAGGAAGAUCUCUGUACCUCAAUCUCCAUUGCUUUCAGCACCACUGGCUUUCUCCCCAGCUCAAGUGCAAAACCUGCCAUCAUUGCUACCUGGGGUGCCUCAGAUUCACCCAAGUCCCCCAGGCCAGAGGACAUGCUCUCAAGCCUUGUUUCAGAAAGAGGGACCCAAAGGCUGUUAGGGAAGAGAACCAGGAUCCUCAAACCCAGGGUUUUCUCACCCACUGCCCCUGCUCUGGCUGUGGCCUGCCAGACCUCUCCUCUGAUUUUCGCUUUCCUUCCUGCCAGUGCCUUUGUUUAUCCGAGGCGCCAAGAUCCCACUGUGAAGUCUGAAAGGAAGACCGGUGGUUCUCGCUUUUCCUCUAGAUGCUGUGUCUCCCAAUGUCAUCUUCUUUCCUCUCAAAGACAAUUGGAUGUUGUUACAGAUUUUCUUGGAAUGAGUAAAUACCUAGCAGUGGGAUUGCUGGAUCAUAUGAAAAUGCCAGACUAUAUUUCAUCAGCAACAUCGGAGAGUUCCAGUUGGCCUACACCCUCACUAGCACUUAAUAUUGUUGAUCGCUGCCUGGAUUCACAGAAGGACAAAUUACAACGCAUUUUGAAAGACUCGUCUACAGUCAACUAAAAUACCAGUUAUCACAGACUUCACUGGCCUUAAUGAGGAGGCUGAGAGGGAUUUAAUUACUGGGACAUGCAAUGCUUACACCAAACUCUGUUCGAUUCACGACUUGGAAAAGCAAAUGUGGAUACAGAUGAGUGUGGACGUGGCUUCAGUAGGAAAUGUCGAGUUUGUUCAUCACUCUGAAGUUUCUUCAGCUGCAACAGAAACUGCACCCUCCCUCCCGACUUGUUGGUUAUCUUGCUGUGCUCCCAAGAAGGUAUUUUCUGCUGACCUGAUAGAUCAGGUAAGAGAAUAGCAAUGUGUCUUUUGUCAUCUGCCUCCAGUUCCCUGGCUGCCUGCAUUGCUGCAUUUGUUAUCUGUGGAUUGAAGGUGACACCACUCUCAAGGAGGGUGAAGGCAGAGGUGUAUGCACAGCUAGUACCAGUAACACCCCUAGAGUGAGCCAAGAGAAGAUGAGGUAAGGAGGAGAGGGAGACUUAGUCAUGGGCCUAGGAAAAAGCGUGGGGGGUUACCUAUGUAGAAGGUAUGGAUGGUGAAGCUGGAUCUCUUUUUACCUGUGGUGAGCACACCAUACCGGACAACCCAGGGCCUACAUUAUAGAGGGUGCACUCUGCACAUGCAAUGCAUUUUGUCAACAGAAAGCUCUGUGUAAAAGUCUUAAAGCAACUCUUUAGAAAUCCUGUUUCAUUAUUAAUUUAGAAGGAUUCAAAUAUGGAAAUGCGGCAACAGCUGUAAUGGGUAUUAAAAGCCCCCACUGGCAGUGCUGGGUCUUAGCUGCCUCCAAUGGUGAGCCUCUUCAAAUAAGGAAUCUUGAGCCAAAAAUCCACCCUUCCUGUUAAAUAACUGUCCAUAGUCAUUAUUUUAUUAUAAAAGUCAUAAUAGCUUGACAGUACGGCAAAGGACAGUGAAAGAUAAAUGCACAUAAGUAGUAUAAUGCAGUAAUUAAGAGCCUGGUAAAAAUCUCAACUCUGUCACUUAAUAACCUAAAUCACUUAAUAGCUUUGUGCCUCAAUCUAAAAUACUGAUAAUAAUAACAGUAAUAAUGUUUGCCUUGGUGAUGUUGUUGUUGUGGAGAAGAAACAAGUUAAUAUAGAUAAAGUACUUAACAUAGUAUCAGGCCAACAUAGUAUCAUAGCAAGAGGAAGCUUUCAAUAAUUAGUUGUGGUUGGGUUAUCAUUAUUGUUGCUGCUAUUGUUGUUAUUAUGACACUAACAUCUACAACUUUCUGUAUUUCAUCUGUCAACAAAUAUUUCAAUAUCAAAUCUGAUCCUGCUCCUUGACUCAGAGCUUUGUCAUUUUGAUUGAAAAGAUGUUUACCUGUUGGUCCCCAGCCUCACUCUUCUGAACCUCAGAUCCACUGAGUGUGUAUCCAGAGGUAAGUAUGUGGUAAGUAUGCUUGUCAUUUACAUUAUCUGUCGGCAUGAGUAUUGGUUUCCUAGAAACCUAAUAUUAAAAACACUUAGCAUUGCUAAAAGCAUUAAAUGAAAUAAAGACUCAAUAUAGCUGCACUAAUCUGUGCUUUCUAAAUUUACUGAUGGAAGUGAAGAAAGUAGGUUGGCAUGGAGUUUAUACAAUUUAUGGAUCACACUGAUCUGGAUUCAGACAGUGUGUGCUCAGAUAAAAAUAUUGUUUCCUCCCAUGAGGUUUCCAAUUUUGCAGAGAAGAAUACCUCUGUUUAGUUCAUUACUUAACACAAUGGGUAGCUGGGUGGCCUUGCAUUCUGGAAGUGAAAUGACACAAGGAUGUCUCCACUGCAUUCUCCAGAGGUAAAGAUUCUCUGGCACAAAAUCACAACCAAGGUGGGGUUCCAAAACUAUAGAACAAAUGGCAGCAGCCAUGCAGCCAGCCUUGGUUCGGGUGGGCUGUAGAAGUAGAGGUUGUCCUCGUGUGAUCAGCACUGACUUCCUGUUGUGGCCACACUGACAGAGAUGAGAUGGCAGAAAGCAGGAAAGAGACCAGAGCUGCAAUUGACAGAUGGCUGGCCAAAGUUGAAGGUACAGAGACUACACCAAAGACUUCUCAGAAAAUACUUGCCUAGGAGGCUCUCACUUGGAAAGAUAUUCAGGGUUGUUAAACAUAUCCUGUUAUUAGGAAAACGAGAGUUUUAUCUUUCUCUUACUCAGAAAGAAAAAACAAAAAGAAAAUUAGUGCUCUUAAGAAAAGCUAUUUUAAUGUUAUCCAUUAUAAAAUUAGAAAACCUUGAAAAGCAAAUGUUUCUUCUGACCAUUUACACUGAGCUUCUUUCAUCAUCUCAUAUGCAACCUUGUGGAUUGAAGGUGGAGAGUCCUUAGGAUUACCCAGGAACAUCCCUGUCUGCUCCCCCUGCUAGGCAGGAGGAGAUUUGAAACCACAUGUGUCUACUUCAUUUCUGUCACAGGUAGGACAGUGUCAUAUACUUUGUAGGUAACUCAAAGAUAUUAUAGGUAACUCAUAGAUAUUGAUUGAAUUAAUGUUUAAUAAAAUGAGAACACCAGCUCUGCUGUUAUCAUCAUCCUCAUUUCGAUUCGCUGAACUUUGCACCAAGGCCAAAUACAUUAUACUUUAGGCUUUGUUAAAGCCAUCUAUGUAAAGCUGGCUGAAGUCGAACUGUACAGUAAACAAGAGAUGGUAAUAGUCUCUGCAUGCGUUAUUUCUUUCAACUCCAAACCUCAAAGCAUUUUAGGAAGAAAUACUAUUUCAUCUUUU